AAGACUUUCCCGCGCAAAGUUACCACGUCUGCUGCUUUUGUUUACAAGCUGCGGCUGCGGAGAGGGAGCGUGCGGGAGUGCCUCUCACUGCCUCUUUCUGGUUGAAGGUCAAAGGAACGUCUGCUGUGCCACUGCAAUGGGUCGCCGCAAGUCAAAGAGAAAGCCACCCCCAAAGAGGAAGAACAUUCAGCCUCUCGACACACAGUUUAAUUGCCCAUUCUGUAACCAUGAGAAGUCCUGUGAUGUCAAAAUGGAUAAACCAAGAAAUGCUGGGAGAGUCUCUUGCCGAGUUUGCCUGGAGGACUUCCAGUGUUCUAUAAACUAUCUCUCUGAGCCAGUGGACGUGUAUAACGAAUGGAUUGAUGCUUGUGAGACUGCCAAUUGAUGUGAGCUGCUUCCUUGAUAGCUGUGGUUGAAUGAAUGUGUGUGUGUGUGUGUGAGAGAGAGAGAGAGAGAGAGAGAGAGAAUGCAUCACCGAUAAUGGCCAGCAGAAUUGGGUAGUAAUAUUUCAGGGCAUUUUCUAGAGUGUGUUGCGCUCUUAAUGGUACUGUGUUAACCUUCAGCUUGUGUGUAAUUUAUGUAAUAUAAGGAAGGGGUUCUAUAUCUCACCACAAGGGUUUUGAACAUGUAACCAUAGUUAUUAUGUCAGAAUGCAACCAUUGUUCACAAUCAGAUCAGAAAUAAUAGGAAUUCAUCAUCUGUUUGUCUGUCGUCAGAUCAGAACCAAAUGUUAGAAUGAUGUAAACUUAAUGACUGAAGAAUUAUAAUUCUGAUGGUACUGGUAUUGAUAAUGUUGAUUUUGUUCAAGUGCAUUUAAAGGAUGGCCAAAAAAUAUAUUUCAAGCCUGGCAUCUAUCAAAACUGUGUAAAGGCUUAAUGUAUGUAAAAACUGAAUAUCCAUGAAUAGUGAAGCGAGCAUGUUGAAUUUAUGUUAGGGAAAAGAAAAAAAAAGAAAAGUGCUAUACUUGCAGUAACUUCAUAUAUGUAAAAAUUAAGUAUUUAUGAAUAGUGAAGCAUGCAUGUUGAUAAUAUUUAAAGAAAAAGGCUAGAUUUGCAGUAACUUAAAGCAUGUAAAGGUUUAUUACCUAAGAAUAGUGGAGCAUGCAUGUUGAAAGUGGGUGAAAAAAAAACUACAUUUGCAAUAGCUUAAUAAAUGUGAAUAUGCCUACCUAAGUUAUGUAAAAGCUUAACUUGUAAAAAAAGCUCAAGUUAUCAAGUCCUCAAUAUCUUUCUAAAUUUCUGAACAUGCAUGUAUGUAAUUCGGUACGAAUGGAGUGGAGUGACUGAGGCAGUAGUGUUUGGAUUAUAAGAAUAUAAGGAAAUAAGGGAAGCUACAAGAAGCCAGCAGGUCUUCAUGUGGCAGUCCCUGUAAAUUUCUGAACAUUUUGUCUUAGAAUCAUAUCUGAGGUGAUGAUUUCCUGGUCAGUCUUUCCAUUCCUAGGUUCAUUUGACCCUAACCCUUUGAUUGAUAUUGAGAGUAUGGCACUUAGUAUUUCAUUUGAGUUAUCUUGAAUGACUAGAAGUUUGAAUGCUCAGUAACUCUUGUUGUCAGUGAUGUCUGUGAUUACACUCUGAGUUUCAGUAGACCAUUUUAUUAAAGAAGUUAUUGCAGUGAGAAAAGUGGAUACCAGGCAGCAGUUAUUGAGAAGGUCCAGGAUGGCAGAGAAAGGAACUGGCCAUCUACUCCAUAUAAGAACACAAGAAAGUAAGGAAAGCUGCAGGAAGCUAUCAAGUCCACACGUUGCAGCCCCUGUACUGAAGGCAGGAAUGUUUGAAGAUACCAAAUCACCUACACUAAUAGGAGUGUGGCACACAUCUUUACCAUAGUGUGAAUUGAAUGCUGGCCUGUAUCUAAAUAUUUAAAAUAAAGUGGGGACAGAA